CAUGCAAGAACAAGCUAAAAUGUCUCAAAGGUCCACUCAAAGGAGUAAAGUUAAGGACAUUGAUAGUACUUGCACAAAAGCUUCUGAUAUGGGAACACAAAACGAACUAUUCGAUAAUGAAACUGAAUUAUUUAUUGAUGUCGACCAAAUGCAAGAACAUGGCAUUAAUGCUGCUGAUAUAAAAAAGUUAAAAGCAGCUGGUAUAUGUACCGUAAAGGGUAUACAAAUGACAACUCGUAAAAGAAUGUGUGCUAUUAAAGGCCUUAGCGAAAAUAAAGUUGAAAAAAUUAAAGAGGUGGCAAAUAAAUUGCUAGGGCAUGGGGGAUUUACAACUGCUUUAGAAUACGCAGAUGUCCGAAAGAAUUGCUUUAGAAUUUGUUCAGGCAGUGAUGAAUUAGACAAAGUAAUUGGUGGUGGAGUUGAGAGUAUGGCUAUAACGGAAGUAUUCGGAGAGUUUCGGACGGGAAAAACCCAAUUGGCACAUACUCUUUGUGUUACAUCCCAAAUACCACGAAGUGACUAUCCAGGAGGUAAAGUUGUCUAUAUAGACACCGAAGGAACUUUCCGACCUGAACGCCUAAGACAAAUUGCUGAGAGAUUCAAUUUGGAUUCAGAGGCCGUUUUGGAUAAUAUUUUAUAUGCAAGAGCAUAUACAAGCGAACAUCAAAUGGAUUUAUUGGAUUAUGCUGCAGCUAAACUUCACGAAGAAAUGGGAGUUUUCAAACUUCUCAUAAUGGAUUCAGUUAUGGCUCUUUUUAGAGUUGACUUUAGUGGAAGAGGUGAACUUGCUGAUCGUCAACAAAAGUUAGCACAGCUAUUAUCAAGAUUACAGAAAAUUUCUGAAGAAUACAAUUUGUCAGUUUUGAUAACAAAUCAAAUGACAUCCGACCCUGGAGCAACUAUGACAUUUCAGGUUGAUCCGAAAAAGCCAAUAGGUGGACAUGUUUUAGCUCAUGCUUCUACUACACGAAUAAGUUUAAGAAAAGGUCGUGGGGAAACUCGUAUUGCCAAAAUAUAUGAUAGCCCUGAUCUCCCUGAGAACGAGGCUACUUUCGCUAUUACAGGAGAGCCCGCAUCGUUGACGGAUCAUCUAUUCCAAGAAUAUAUUUUAACUCAUGAGCAAAAAGAUCGAAUUUAUCUGACUAUCAACCAUGAGGGACCAAUACCUGCAGUAAGAAAACUUUUAAAGUUUGUUAAUAACAGUAGGAACGAAAAUAUUAAAAAGAUAUUUUAUAAGGCACUUGAAAAUAGUAAUAACGGCCAUUUAAUUGAAAAACUUAGUGAAGUCUUUAAUGAAGAUGAAGUUUUGAAAGAAAAUAAUCCUUUCGAACAUAAAGAUGAGAUUGAAAAAAUGAGCGAUAAACUUGAAUUGUUAUUAAAAUACGUAGAAGACUUAAAAUCUGAUAAAGACAAUAAAAUGGAUGCUCCAGAGGUUGUCAGGCAAUUUACUAGAGAGGAUUUACCUGAUGGGGUUAACCUCCAAAAUUCUUGCCUACCUUAUGGUGUUCAAUCAAAAAAUUUGUCCAGUUUUCGCUUACUGGGUAUAGAUAUUGCUCAAUAUGUAACAAAGGACUUGAGAGAUGAUGAUAGUUAUACUCCUCUUAACCCUGUUAUAAAAACAACAAGAAAAUUAGUCAAAGAUAUAAUUAAGAGUCAUUCGGAUGAAUUUGAAGAACUCGUCACUAGACUUAAGCUGGCAGAGAAAAAAGGACUUGAUUGGAUUAUGAAGAUAAUAGAUGAAACAUUUUCAGAUGAUUUGGAAGAUAAUCAUCGCUUGCGUCUUGUUGUUGUCUUCGCCUUUAGUGGAUGGAUAGCUAAAAAAUGCAUUGAGUUUGGAUUGCAGCAUAAUGUUGAUAAAACUGUGGAAGCCAUAGGAGAUUUUACUGGUUAUUAUUUAUAUAAAAAAGUUGGAGAAUAUUUUGAGAAAAAGGGAGGCUGGAAGGAAUUUCUACAAGAGUUCUCCCAGGAUGAGUCUACAAACCCACCUCAAUGGUUGACAUUUUCGGCUGCAGUAAUUGCCACAGCAAGUAUUUUCUCCGUACUUCUAAAGCGUUCUUAA